UGCAAUCUAGGGGGAACCAAAACUGGGUGACCUCUCUCGAACUUGAACCACAACUUUACUACUAUGUGUUUGUUUGGCUUAGAUACAACUUCACUACAUUCAAACUGUUGAAUAACGAGAAAUUCACGGAGUAGUCAUCACAUCUAGGAUCCGGGUUGACACAUAAAGCUAAACACGCUAUACUACGCAUUAGUUUGUGGUUACACUUGGCCACUUUCUAGUUUGACGGUAUUGGUGAGUCAAGUUUUUGGCGCCGUUGCCAGGGACGACUAUGUUGUUGAAGAAACGUGAUUUCUGUUACUUUAGCAUUUCCUUCUGCAUUGUUUUCUUUUACUUCUUUCCCCGUUUGCCUUCACGGGUUUGCCUACAGCUUGUAUGCAGAUAGUGCAUGACUCGUAGCCAGUCGGGAGGAUUGCUGCCGUUGGAUCGGGAACUUGAACGAACUUGUCGUCAGUCUAAGAAAGCACUGCAAGUGAGACUAGCUACGGAGGAAGAGCAAGUCGACGGCCGGAUAAGCAGCGACUCCGAGCAGGAGGACAAAAUGGGAGACAAACAUAAUAAGAUGAACAACCUGAACUUGGGGCAGCCUCAUCUAGGGAUGCCUCUCCAGGUUCAUCCAUUGAAUCAGGCUCCGCCUAACAAUGGCAAUUGACUCGACUCUAUUGUCACUCCAGGAAUUGGCCAAGUGAAACCACUUCCUAAAGCGUAGUAUAGCGGGUUUGGGUUUAAUUAUCAACCCGGGUCCUAGAUGUGAUGACUACUCAGUGAAUUCUUGUUAUCUAACAAUGAAACUGGCAUGCAAGUCUAAACUAUCAAACUAACAAAGCAAGUAAACUGUUGUAUUCAGGUUAAAGAGGUCACCCGGAUAUGGUUCCCCCUAGACUGCAGUUAAGCCGGAUUGUAAUUACCAAGUUCAGUUUCUAUGAUAGUUAUACUGCGGAAGGUUCUUAAACAGCCUGAAGUCUCGACUAAAGGUCUUCAGACCCUCUCAAUCUGAUUCUCUAGCGGGCGACUAACCUCCACCGGAGUAAACAGAUUGAGGCCCU